AACCAAAACGCCACUGGAACGGAUCGGCAAGCGUCAGUCGAGUCCGGAGCAUUCGCACGAUCGCACGUCGGGAGAAACUGAAUGGUAUUAGAGCUCGAGGGGCGAAUAGUUUGAUUUUGCUUGUAAUUGUGUGAUUAUAAAUUGUUACAUUACUGUGGCUGUGUGUGACAGUGGAAUAAUAAACAGUGAAGCGUUUGAGCGAAUAGUGAGGUUGGGGCUCAGUUGGCAUGGAAAGUGAUGUGGUGAUGAGGGGAAAAAUGUACAAAAUUGUGAUCCAAUCGAAAAUGGCUUCCCGAUCUAUCGUUUGGCUAUUCGCUGUGUUGCUAAUUGCAGCAUUUGUACAACACAGUGGGGCUGAGUUCGUGCAAUUGGAUGAAUACUAUCGUAUGCCAAAGAUUUACGAGUACGAUGACUACGACCGGUGCGUGGCGCAGGCCCCACUCGCCCUAGCAGACGAUGCCGUUUACUGUGUCGCACGAACGGUCAUCAAACCGGAUCAAGAGUCGAGCCUAUGGCGACUCAUCGAGACUUUCUCAAACGAUACCAGGCGACACUUUCGUCACGAUCAUCUGGAUCGCGGCUUUUGCAUCGAACGCUGCCGCCAGCUGGUACAGUCGCUGGACGGGCAGGCGGCGGAUGCGCUGUACGUCGACAAGUUUGACAUUCCCUUUCCGUACAUCAUUAACGCGGACGCAUUCAACAAUGUGAGCGGCGAUCGUGAGCGGUACGGACGGUUGAUUAACAUCUGUCAGAAUUAUGCGCUUCGGCAGCAGUACAAUCUGUCCGGCUACACCGAAAUCGAGUACUGCACCGGUCCCAAGCGUACCGUGCCGAUGGAUGGGCUGGACAUUAGCUUCCUGAUCAUCACGGCCCUGAUCGCGCUGCUUGUGAUCAGCUCAACGUGGUACGAUCACUACACAAGCCAGCAGCUUGGUAACGAGCACUACAAAAAGGAUCUACCGUGUCGAAAAACGAUGGUUCUUACCUCAUUCUCGCUCGUCCGCAACUGGUACCGGCUUGUGUCCCGCUCGAAGGAUCAGCUGAACGAGGAUUUGAAGUUUUUCCAAGCGAUCCGAUUCUUCACCUUCUGCCUGGUGGUGGUCGGCCAUUGUGGUGAUCUGUUUACGGCUAGCUCGUUCGCCAACACACAGGACCGGGAAGCCGAAUACUACUCCCCACUUGGCCACGUGCUAAUUAAUGGGUCGAUCAUCGUGCAGUCGUUCUUCGAGAUGAGCGGUUUCCUGCUCAGCAUACACUUCUGCACCACGCAGGCGAAGAUGAAGCGCAUCAGCUGGAUUGCCAUCUUAGUGACGGUUGGCUAUCGUUACAUCCGGCUUACACCUGCGUACGCAUUUAUUCUUCUGCUCCAUGCAACCUGGUUGCCGAAGCUACAGGAUGGUCCGCUGUGGCCACGUGGGGCCGAAGUGGAGCGUAACUUUUGCCGACGGAACUGGUGGACCAAUCUGCUGUACGUGAACAACUACGUUCACGCCGACGAACCGUGUCUUCAGCAAGCGUGGUAUCUGGCCUGUGACUAUCAGCUGUUCACUGUGGGGCUUAUUAUUCUCGUGGCUGUGACGAAAUACAAAAAGUAUGUCGUACACAUCUUUAGCGUUUCCGGUGUGGUGGCCAUCCUGAUACCGGCGCUGGUCGUUUACUUCAACCACUUCGAUGGAGUGUUUGUUGUCACUUUGCAGGCAGAACGAUUUAUCUAUUGGUUCGAUGAGAUGUACCACAAGAUCUACAUACCGUUCCACACGAACAUUGGCUGCUACAUCGGUGGCGUAGUUUACGGAUAUCUGUACUACCGCGUGCGCACCUCCGACAACAAGGGCAAUCGAUCUGGCUUCCUAAAAUUCCUCUGGUACAUGACGGUGCCGUGCGGCAUUCUUACCCUCAUGCUCAGCAUGAUCUUCUACUCGUACAACUUUGAAAAGCCCUCACUGUGGAUUGCGCUGUUCUUCCCGCUGCACAAAAACGCCUGGGCACUGUUUGGUGCGAUCGUUCUGUACGGUAUCAUCUACAACUACAAUCGGUUCAUAAAGAGUGUGGUCAAUUUCCCGCUCUUCGUACCGCUGGGGCGCCUGACGUACUGUGCGUACAUCAGUCACGUGUUCUUCCUGAAGAACUUCUUCUACGGCACGCGUGACAUUGCGUACUUCAGCCACGUGUCUAUGUACACAAAAGUAAUUUCGGUAAUAGUGGCAUCGUACAUUCUAGGAGCAAUUGUUGCUCUCACGCUAGAAUUUCCCAUCUCCGCCCUACAAAAGCACUUGCUAUCGAAACAGUUGGAAAAACAUUCGAAACCUGAACCACCGCGAGAGAACAAUAAUGUUAGUCCACCGUCCGCCUAACGACACCAAAUACGCUUCACUUGGCAACUAUUUUAGACUCUAAUUUAACUUUAGAGGCGAUAUUUUAACGCUGAAUUUAUAGCAAUACUCAAAACACAUGCUCCUUGUGAACGUAGCCUAAGAAAUAAUAAUUAAAAUAAAGGAUUUUGGUACAAAUAUGAAAACUGAAAA